UUAUGCAUGCUAAUCAAUAGGGCAGAGCAAAAGUAAAAAUAAAGCUAAGCAAAUAUUUUUGGAGACCAGAUCUGAUACGUCGAGAUAUAACGAAAUAUCGAAAUACAGAAAUGGCAGCGCCGAUGCAACACGAGGAUCUGGCGAAGCUGAAGGUCUUCAUCGAAUUUGUGGUCGCGAAUCCCACGGUCCUCAACCUACCGCAUCUGCAGUUCGUCAAAUUAUUUGUGGAGAAGUUCGGGGGCACGGUGCCGCCUGGCGAAUUCAACGAAGACAGCGCCGGAGGCAAGUGCCCCUUCGGUGGCGAUGCUGGGGCAAAGGCCAAAGAGCCGGCUUCUGGGGCUGCUGAUUCCGCCGACGCCAAUGCGCCCGUGGAUAGCGAGGACGAGGAGUCCCUCUCCGAUACCGAAUCGGAUGUGGAGCUGGACAUGGAGGGUGUAAUCGAGGCGGACAGCGAUCCUGCCCAACCCAUGGGCGACUCCAGCAAGGAGCCUACCGAAGAGGAGGUGGAUCAGGCGAGCGAUCUGCGCGCCCAGGCGGCCUCCGCCUACGGUCAGCAGAAGUUCGACGAGGCCAUCGCCUUCUACACCAAGGCCAUUGAAUUGAACCCGGGUAAUGCCCUGUUCCACGCCAAGCGUGGUCAGGCAUUCCUCAAGCUGAAGAAGCCGAAUGCCUGCAUCCGGGAUUGCGACAAGGCGCUGGAACUCAACUGCGAUUCGGCAGCUGCCUACAAGUUCAGAGGACGCGCUCGUCGACUCCUUGGCGACUUUGAGCUGGCUGCCAAGGACUUGCGGCAGGCAUGCAAGCUGGACUUUGAUGAGGAGACAGACGAGUGGCUGAAAGAGGUCACUCCAAAUGCCAAGAAAAUCGAGCAGCAUCGCGUGAAGCAGGAGCGUCGCCAGGCCGAGCGUAAGAUUAAGGAACGCCAGCGGGCACAGAGGCGCGCCCGCAAGGAGCAGGAAAAGCAGAAUGCCAGCUCUGGUGGAUCAUGUGGAGGAUUCCCCGGUGGGUCGUCUGGUUUCCCCGGCGGUGUACCUGGAGGGUUUCCUGGCGGAGCACCUGGUGGGUUCCCCGGCGGAUUUCCGGGUGGACUUCCUGGUAACGUAGAUAUGACUGAUUUAUUGGGAGCCAUGAAGGAUCCCGAGGUGGCAGCCGCCAUGCAGGACAUUUUGGCAAACCCGGCCAACAUCACGAAGUACGUGUCGAACCCCAAAAUAUUCAACCUUAUUAAGAAGUUCGUGCCCGGUGGAGAUGUGGGUGCUGCUUUUGGCCAAGCGGGUGAAAAAGCUGGAGAGCCGAGCGAGCCAAAAACUAAAAAGGGCUUUGCUGAUUUCGUCGAUGACGGUUUGGACUAAACUUAUGAGAUUGGGAAGUGGUAGAACUGAAAGACGCGGCGAUUAAAAAAAAGAAGUUAACAAACCAAACACACGAAAUAGAGCGAGAUGAAAAAACAGCAAAGAAAGAGAAAGAAAUAGGGAGCGAAGAAGAUAAAUACUACACAAAAAAUGAAAGGGAAAGCGGAUGCUUUACGCGUUUUCCAGCUCAGAAAUAAAAACAUUUCCUAAGCUCUAUCUUAACCCACACGUAAAAAAAGGCCAGAAAUGCAGAAUAUUCAAAUAUAUAUAAAAUAUAUAUGUAUACAAAAUACUACCAGCAGUCAGAAGAUAAGUAACUUUUAUUUGAACACGCAGCUGAGACCAUAAGAAAAUAGAGCAGAAACAGGUGGAGAUGCUACUUCACACAUUACCCAAAAGCAUAUUCGCCGCCAUUAAUAUAAGCAAUUAAAACAGAACAACUGAGCUAGAAUAUGUUUAAAAACUUUCCCAUUUGCUCGGAUAAAUCUAUUCAUACGCCACCCCCAGUUCACAGGGAAAUCAUAAAAAUGUCCUGUGAACAACAAAACACGAAUGUUUCCUUAUUAACGAGUAAAUGUCAAGUCAUAUUCAAGGGUGUCGAUCGAUCUAGUUGAACUAAAGAUCGAUGAGAAACCAAAACAAUAUAAAAAGAAAAAUAUUCAAUAACAUGCCUAAAUUACCGAUGAUCGGAGACAUCAGAACAACAGGCCGAAGCAACGGAUACAACUAAUCACUUCAAUUUGUCAAACAUAUUGUACUAAGCAAAUGCAUUUAUCCCCCAAAAUGGAAAAAAAUCGCCCACUUAUAUUCAACACUCAUUCACACAUAUAUAUUCAUGUCUCACAUUCAUUCAACCAGUGAUCAAUGGAAUUAAAUAAACGAGAAUCCGAAGUGCUAA